UCUUCACAUGUGUUUCCAAACCUCUCCGGUGUUUUCAUCUCACGGAGCGACUGCUUUCUUCGAUUAAAUAGCGACGAUUUGCUCAACAGCACAGUUCGUAGAGCUCUCGGGUCUGUAGAAGUGAACACGAUGGCGCAGAGGAAGAAGAAACCGAUGAAGAGGAAGAAGAGCUCGACACACAGAGAUCACGAGCUCCAGUCUGACGAUGAAGAGUUUGAAGUUGCUGCAGGAAUCAAAGAUGACCAGGACACAUCCAGCAGAAGACUUCCUCGAUUCCCUGCCUCGUCCGAGUGUGUUUCUGACGUGGAGCUCGACACCAGAGAGCUCACCAGAGCCCAGAACAAGAAGAAGAAGAAGUCUGGAGGCUUUCAGUCCAUGGGUCUCAGUUAUCCAGUGUAUAAAGGCAUCAUGAAGAAGGGCUAUAAAGUUCCUACACCCAUCCAGAAGAAGACUAUUCCGGUGAUUCUGAAUGGGAAGGAUGUGGUGGCCAUGGCCCGGACGGGCAACGGGAAGACAGCCGCCUUCCUCAUCCCCAUGUUUGAGAAGCUGAAGGCUCCGCAGGCGCAGACAGGGGCCCGGGCUCUGGUCCUCACGCCCACCCGAGAGCUCGCCCUGCAGACCAUGAAGUUCACCAAAGAGCUGGGGAAGUUCACCGGCCUGAAAACGGCACUCAUUCUAGGUGGAGACAGCAUGGACGACCAGUUCGCUGCUCUUCAUGAGAAUCCAGACAUCAUCAUCGGUACUCCUGGCCGUCUGAUGCACGUCAUCAAGGAGAUGAACCUGAAGCUGCAGGCUGUGGAGUACGUGGUGUUUGAUGAAGCCAACAGGCUGUUUGAAAUGGGUUUUGCAGAGCAGCUUCAGGAAAUCAUCAGACGUCUUCCAGAUGCUCGGCAGACACUGCUGUUCUCUGCCACACUGCCCAAAAUGAUUGUGGAUUUCGCCAGAGCUGGCCUCACAGAGCCGGUUCUCAUUCGUCUGGAUGUGGACACGAAAUUGAGUGACCAGCUGAAGCUUUCAUUUUUCCACUUGCGGUUGGAUGAUAAACCAGCCCUUCUGCUGCAUCUGCUGAGAAAUGUGGUGAAGCCGCAAGAACAGACGGUGGUGUUUGUAGCCACCAAACAUCAUGUGGAGCAUCUCAAAGAGCUCUUGAUGGUCGAGGGCUUUGAGUGCGCCUACAUCUACAGCGCUCUGCACCAGACGGCCCGCAAGAUCAACAUCGGCCGCUUCGUCCACCGCAAGGCCAUGGUGCUGCUGGUCACAGAUGUGUCGGCCCGUGGCAUUGACAUCCCGCUCCUGGACAACGUCAUCAACUACAACUUCCCAUCGAAGGCCAAACUCUUCCUGCACAGAGUCGGUCGUGUGGCGCGCGCUGGCAAAAAAGGAACCGCCUUCAGUCUGGUGUGUACAGAUGAAGUGCCUUACCUCUAUGACCUUCAUCUGUUCUUGGGUCGACCAAUUCAGCUCGCCCUCCCCGAACACACACAAGAUUCUGAUGACGUAUUCGGCUGCGUUCCUCAGAGCAUCCUGGACGAUGAAGAGUCUCAGCUGCUGACGGCUCAUGAGAACUCGCUGGAUCUUCAGAAUCUCCGGCGCAUCUCAGAGAACUCAUACAAGCAGUACCUGAAGUCUCGGCCGAACCCCUCGCCCGAAUCCAUCAAACGCGUCAAGAAUACCGACCUCUCCUCGAUAGCUGUUCACCCUCUGCUGGGUUCUGGACUGGAGCCGAUGGAACUGGACCGGCUGCUGAUGGUGGACACCAUCAAGGGCUACAAGGCUAAAUCUACUAUUUUUGAAAUCAACUCCAACAACAAAAUGAACGCCAGCGAGGUGAUGCGAGCAAAGCGCUCACAAGACGAUCGCUUGGUCGACAAGUUUUCUAAAGUGCGAGCGGAACGGAUAGUCGAGCACACUCUUCCCACCGUAACCAGGACUGAACCACAACACAAUGAGGACGAGCAGGAGGACGACGAGCUUCAG